AGAUGUUAUUAUUUGACCUGAGCGUGUUUUGUCUUGUAGUAAAACAUACAUCAAACUACAUUAACACAUUUAUGGAGCCAGAACAAUAUAAAGCCAGAACAAGGCCAAAAGACUUGUUGAUUUGAAAAAUCAACUUUUUCAAAUUUCAGCAACCUGUAUUUCUUCUCAUCUCUUGAGUCAACACAAGGACAACAACUAUAGUCUGGAUCAAGUAGACAGUAUACAUUCUGAAUACAUUAAGUAAGUACAAUUUGCUGGUUUUACAAUGAGAUAAAAAGUGCAAAAUACAAAAACUUGUCACUGACAUCAGAGUACUUGUAAAGUUAGAUUUCACAGUAAGGACGCCCUCUAGUGGAGUAAAAGUGAUAAUUAUUAAUCCUGUGUUUUCUUAGACACACUGUGGAUUUUUCCAUUUGUGGAAAUCAAUUAAGUUCGACUUCUCUCUCUAAUGAAGGAGCUUUGUAAAAAAUACACAAUUAUAUUUUCAUUAAGGAGUUCUUUUCUUAUGUUGUCUAUUUGUAAUUAUAUGUUCUAUUGGCUGCUGUAAACUUCCACUGCUGAGAAAAGACCAAGAAACACAAAAGUAAAAACUUGUUCCAAAGUUUUGUCAACAAGUUUCACAGCGAGUCACUAAAACUGACAGAGCUUCACUGAGAGGAGCAACAGGGAGAAAAAACUGGAACGUCACAUUUUCUCAAAAAUGAAAGUGAAAGUUUGAGUGACAGCAGAGCUGCAGUCCAGACGAGUCUCUGUGUUUCUCUCUGAAGAAAACUUUCUCAACACAACAGCAGAAUCUCUGACAAACACUGACUGUCAACAUGUCUGCUGCCAGCUGUCUGCUGACUGAAGAUGAGUUUCUGUGCUCCAUCUGUCUGGAUGUGUUCACUGAUCCAGUCACCAUACCAUGUGGACACAACUUCUGUAAAACCUGCAUCACUAUACACUGGGAUAAAAAUGUCCUGUGUCAGUGUCCCAACUGUAAAAAGACUUUCAACAUCAGACCUGAGCUGCAGGUCAACACGUUCAUCUCUGAGAUGGCUGCUCAGUUCAGACAGUCAGCUCAACAGAAAGCCAGCAGCAGCAGCUCAGAGCAACAAGUUUCCAAACCAGGAGAAGUUCCCUGUGACGUCUGCACUGGAACCAAACUGAAGGCCCUGAAGUCCUGCCUGGUGUGUCUGGCCUCCUACUGUGAGACUCACCUGGAGCCUCAUCUGACAAAGUCAGGCCUGAAAAGACAUCAGCUGAUGGAUCCUGUGGAGAACCUGGAAGACAGGAUGUGUACGAAGCACGAUAAACUGCUGGAGCUGUUCUGUAAGACCGACCAGAUGUGUGUCUGCAUGAUCUGCACUGUUUUAGACCACAAGACACAUGAUGUUGUUCCUCUGAAAGAAGAAUAUGAAGGAAAGAAGGCCGAGCUGGGGAAGAGAGAUGCUGAAAUUCAGCAGAUGAUCCAGAAGAGACGACUGAAGAUUGAGGAGAUGAAGCGCUCAGUGCAGCUCAGUAAGAAAGAUGCAGACAGAGAGAUAGCAGCUGGUGUUCAGGUCUUCAGAGCUCUGAAGGAGUCUGUUGAGAGAAGCCAGGCCGAGCUCAUGGACACCAUCAAAGAGAAGCAGAGAGAGACAGAGAAACAGGCUGAAGGCUUCAUCAAAGAGCUGGAACAGGAAAUCUCUGAGCUGGAGAAGAGAAGCUCUGAGGUGGAGCAGCUCUCACAGUCUGAAGACCACCUCCACCUCCUCCAAAGCUUCCCAUCACUGAACACUGCUCCACCCACCAAGGACUGGACAGGAGUCAGCGUCCGUCCACCUUCGUAUGAGGGAACUGUGAGGAGAGCUGUGAAUCAGCUGGAGGAGACGCUCAGUAAACAGAUGAAGAAGCUGCUUGAGGCCGAGCUGAAGAGGGUCCAGCAGUAUGCAGUGGAUGUGACACUUGAUCCUGAUACAGCACAUCCUGAACUAAUUGUGUCUGACGAUGGAAAACAAGUAAAACAUGGUGGUAUAAAGCUGAAUCUCCCAGACAAUCCAGAGAGAUUUGACUCCUGUGUGAAUGUCUUAGCACAGCAAAGUUUCUCUUCAGGAAGAUUUUAUUAUGAGGUUCAAGUUAAAGGAAAAACCAAGUGGGAAGUUGGGGUGGGCCGACAGUCGAUCAACAGGAAGGGAGACAUUAAACUGACUCCUCAGAAAGGUUACUGGACGAUAUGGUUGAGGAAUAAAAAUGAGUACAAAGCUCUUGCUGGCCCUGGAGUCCGUCUCUCUCUGAAGCAUCAGCCUGAGAAGGUGGGGGUGUUUGUGGAUUAUGAGGAGGGUCUGGUCUCCUUUUAUGACGUUGAUGCUGCAGCUCUUAUCUACUCCUUUACUGGCUGCUGCUUCACUCAGAAACUCUACCCAUACUUCAGUCCAUGUACUAAUGAUGGUGGUGAAAACUCUGCUCCUCUGAUCAUCUCUCCUGUCAAUACCACUGAGUAGAACUAACAUUUGAUUUUCUACAGAAUGAUUCACAUCAUUUACUGUAAAUUCCGGACUAUAGAGUGGACCUGAAUAUAAGCCUCAACAGCUCAUUUUUAAGUGAAAAAAAAUGUGUACAUAUAUCGGCACCUGACUAUAAGCCGCAGGUGUCCAAGUCUGCUCUCUGUGUGUUCACCCAGACUUCAAGAACGUUUUCAAUUUCGGGCCAAUUGCUUUAAUUACCUCUGAAAGCUUUUGUCGUCUUUUUGCAUUGAGUCAGCUCUUCACGCUGCCAUCUCCAACGUCUUGCCAUCGAUUCAUUGAUGCCAAGCUUACGUGCAGCAGCUCUAUUUCCUUCUUUGACCGCCAGAACGAUUGACUUUAACUUGAAAGCUGCAUCAUAUGCAUUUUUUCGUGUGUUUUCCAUAAUGAGGGUGUGUGCAUGAUGCACAAAAUGACUGUUCAAAACACAAACUAGCGUCUUCCUCGACGCAUUAUCUCUUCCAUUUGUCUGUCUUGCUCUUGCGCUUCCUGGGGACUGUUAGCCCUUAAAAAUCUAUAGAUACGCCACAUCAUAUGAUAGGCCACAGUGUUCAAAGUGUUGGAAAAAAGUAGCGGCGUAUACUCCGGAAAUUAUGGAAAUAUAAUAAAUGCAUAUUUAUUGAUUACA